AUGGUCAUCGCGUGGUUCAGCCUCUUCAAGUUCAGCUGGCUGCGGAGAUGUAAGACGUGCGGCGUGCGCGGCUCCAAGUGCCUCUGCCGGCGGCCGUCGCUCGCGCUCGAGCACAUUUUCUUCCUCGAGGAGCGCAAGAACAAGUUCGGCGCGCGCAACUUCAGCCACGUGAGCGACACCAUGAUGACGUCCAACAGCACCAUGUUCACCAACAGCACGGUCAACACGGUGGGCGCCGGCCCGCCCAGCAACCUCAGCGGCUCCACGGUCGUCAUGCGCGGCGCCGGGUCCUUCGCGGACAGCGACGUGAACCCGACCGACUACUACUACCCAAUCGCGCCCUCGACCACCUCCGACGAGAAUGGCAACGAGGUCCUGACGCCCCGCAUGGACAAGAAGACGGACAUGCAGCUCCGCGCCGAGCGCCGCAGCCGGAAGACGAGGCAACGCAGCGCUAGCUACAGGAACUCCAAGGUAUCGGCUUCGGCGGACGUCGCCCCCGCCGCGCUCAUCAGGAAACAGUCGGGCCGCAUGCUGUCCAAGGCGAGACACACCGGCGACAAGAACGUGCAGCCGCCCAUUAAGGAGAUCGUGACGGGCGAGUACAUUCUGUACACGGAGGAGAACAUCCCCGUGUCGCUCCCGCACCGCCAGCAGCUCGUGCCGCACAACCGGCGGCGGUCGCGCUCCCAGCCCAAGAGCGUCAAGAUGGGAACGCGCCCACAGUACAAGGAGGAGCCCGGCGUCUCGUUCCAGUUCUACGGACGCAGCGGAAACGGCCGCGCCCCCGCUCCCCCCGCCCCCGUUCCGUCGCUCAUGUCGUCGAGCAGAAGCAUGAGCAUGCGCAGCAGCAGCAGCACCAACGACUCAUUCAUCAUGGGCUCGAGCUCCGUGUCGUCCACGCGCGCCUCGCAGUACUCGGACCGCGUGAGCCUCGAGACGAACUUCGGCUCGUUCAACCCUCCGACGGCGCUGGGCAACACGGGCCGCCUCAUCGAGAGCGGGUACGCCCCGAGUAUCCAGGAGGACGACGAGGCGCAGGCGCUGGAGCAGCUCAACGGCUGGCUCCAUGCGUCGUCCGUGUCCACGCAGGACUCCUUCAUGUUGUCGCGGUGA